CCGGUGGUGGUAGCCGUGGUGUCGCUGCCGUGGGAGGUGGCGACCGUGUGAGGGGCGAAGCCCGAGGGGCUGGCGGCGGGGGCGGCAGCGGCGGCGGCGACAGGGUUGGUGGCGGCGGCAGGGACUUCCUGGCCGGGUGUGGAGACCCUGGCACCUGCUGCCGUGGUCCUGAUCCUCUCCCGUCGUCCGGCAGGCUGCGGCCCUGGCGGUUCGGAGCGACUGUCAUGGGGACCGGGGGUUGGUGUCCAGGGACCGUGCCCUUGUCCCUGAGGCGGACCGGGGCGCGUAGACUGCGGGACCCGAGCCGAGGAGACCCUGCUUUGUCCUCCGGAGGCUCUCCAGCCGCGCAGCGGCAUCUUCUUCUGGUAACGUCCAGAAUGAGUCGUGAAGGAUGCUCUUUGUCCUGCAUUGCAAAGUAAAACUUGUGUUUUUUAGAAACGUUAUCUUGAAAAUUGGCGCAUCUCCUGUGCUUUUCUAAGGUGUAUUAGGAAACUGGGCCAGUCACUGUCAGGAUUUUCGUAUCGGCAAGUCAGGAGGAAAAGAAAUGGGAGAGAAACUUAUAUUCUCCCAAAUAUUUUCCUGCCGAGUCGCUUCUCUAGCUGCCCUCUAGAUGAUUGCUUCUUUUUUUCUGAAACAAAGUAAAAACUACAGGUAGAAAUCACUAAGGUCUGUCUGACGUCUGACCCAGCAACAUUUUUAACAUUUUUCUGAAUGAGAACUGGUAUGAAUGAAAGACUGGAAUUGAAAAGGAAACGUUUUGGUGGGGAUUCACAAUGAGUGCGUUAUUUUUCAAUGGUAUUUUAAUGCUUAUGUUAAUAAUGCUUUAUUUUUAAAUAGUAUUCUUAAAAAUAGCUACAAAAAAUGUUUUUUUGAAAGUCCCUGUUGUCGUUUCAGAGCCCCUCCUUUGAAAGCCUUACUAGAAAUACUUAUGUAUAGAAACAUUUAGUGACAUUUGUCUAUUUACAAAAUUUCUAAAAGAUGCAAAAGCAUGAUGAAGAAGAUACAGUUUCAUCAUUCCAAGUAACCAUUAUGAAUAUGGUUACACUGGGUAUACAUCUCCAUUAUCUUUCUAUGCAGAGAUGAAUGUAUGGAUUUUUCUAAAGUGGAUUCUCUAUUGUAACCUUUCCCCCCCGCCCCCGACUUCAUAGCAUGCCAUUACAUGGCUGUCAUAAUUUAUUUAGUUGAUUGUUCCAUUUUACACUACUUAAAAACAUUGAUGAAGAAAUGUAAAAUCUGCACAGCCAUGAUUACUUCUUAGUGUACAUUCCUAGAUGAUAGAAUUGUUGGGUUUGUCUUUUUAAAAAUGUAAAUUGCUCGGUUUCCCUCUGGAAAGGAUGUGCGAUUUUCCCUCCCACUAACAAUCUGUGAGUAUCUUUUUCUACACCCUAGCAAAAGACAACAUUUAAAGGAUUUCUACUGGCUCACUUUGGGGCCGUUUCUGUUCUUCUCUCCAACCGAGUACAAGUAUCAUUCUCUAGCUAUCCUUUUUUUUUUUCUUAUUUGUUUCAGCAAUUCAGUUUCUCAUCUUUUAUUCCACUUUUAACCGUUUAGUAAAGAAUGGUUAUGCAGGUGAGGCAAAGGCAUCAUAGAGUGAACAAGAGAUUUGUACUCAGGACUUCCUUAAAUUGGAGUGUCUCUGAUUACCUUGAACAAGCCACUUACCUUUUCUAAGGGACUGUUUCCUCAACUCUAAAGUAGAUAUUAUAGCGCAUUUGCCUUGCGUUUCUUACAGGGUGGUUUUAAGGGUCAAAUGAGACAUUUAUGGAAAGUACGUUUAAACAUACUCUGUCUUGUGGCCAAUUAUUGCUAUCUUGUAAAAAUUUCAGAGCACAAGAGCAUCUUGAUUUUUUAAAGUAAAUUUCUGAAUUCAAAAAAGCCAUUCUGUGAUACCAUUUGCCCCACUCUCUUUCACUUCUUAAAUUCGAAGUUUUAGAUUUCUGUCCUAGAUUAUAUUCAGAACGCUAUCAGAGUUAUGAAAUUAGGUGAAUGAAUGAAUCUACACAAAUGUUGAAGGAGCAGAUAUUUAAAGGCACUAUAUAUAAAAUUGAGGGGGGAAAAUAUAAAGCUAAAUAAAACACAUUCCUUGGGAUCAUGAUAAGUAAAACAUAGUCUUUGUGCCCUACAGGCUACAGAAAGAAUGUCCAGGCAGCUAGAAGGUGGGAAAGCUGCUUUCCAAAUUUAGACGGCAAUUUUAGAUGUGAUGCAGGAUGUCAACUAUUCUCAAGCAUGCUAAAGUCCAAUUCUGCUGACCGAGCAUCUGCACAAAUGACCAGGCACUCUUGUCAGGGUCAUCUUUCUGAAGUGUAAAAAGUAAAUAGUGGCUCACAUGUCAGAGGAUGGCACGGUCACGCUCUAGAUCCCCCAGGUGGAAACACAGGUCAUUAUCACCAGUACCUAGAAAUUCUGAACACUACAAGCAAAGGUACUCUCAUGGGCAUUAUGGCUGUGAAUAUAGGAAGGAUCCAAAGAGACCCACCACUUGGCGAAUGGACAGUGAGAAACAUGGACAGAGUAAACCAAGGAUUCCUUCUCGUGGAAAUAUACAUUACCGAUCGUAUGAACAUAGAUCACCUUCCCCAAACAUAAGAAGAACCUCUUCAGAAAAUGUUUAUACUUUUAAGCCUUACCGAGAAUACUUACCAGGAAGAAGAGAUGGUAACAGAGGAUUGCACUAUAUGCCCCAAUACUCAGAAGGUGUACCUUACAAAGAGAACCAGAGGAAUUUUUAUCCCCAGAAAGUACAAGGAAGGUAUAUUCCUGAUGACCACAGAGUUAGAGGAAGUGGAAAAGGAGGGAAGCCACCUCAGAGGUCAAUAGCAGAUUCUUUUAGGUUCGAAGGAAAGUGGUAUGAAGAUGAGUUGAGACACCAGAGGAUACAAGAUGAAAACCAUUCUCAGUCACUUAGAAGAGGCUCUGAAGACUUUGAGAAAAGGAGCUCUUUUCAGAAGAGGUAUCCUGAGGAUCGUGAUUUCAGAAAAUAUGGACACACAUCAAAAAGACCUAAAGACGUGGAGAGGUACGAAAACAGAGAUCCUGCCAGGAACCCACAGUGGAAGUUCGAGCAUUCUCUUCCAUCUUACCAAGGGAAGAAAGAGCAACGGAACCUUGGGCCCCAAACUCAUCGAUAUGCUCAGAGGGAACCCCCAGAGACCAGUUCGGCAACCAGGGUAUCCUGUGACUAUCGCCACAAACGUCCUAAGACGUCAGGUGGGGACCAGGACUUUUCUGCUGGAAGAAUUCCGAAGUACUCUAAGGAAGAAGAGAGAAAAUACAGUUCUCAAAAAGGCCCUGUAAAUAGACAGUCCAUUUGUCUUACUGCUGGAAGAGGGAGAGAGACUGAAGGUGGGCAAGUCCAAGAACCUCUCACACCAUCUAAGAAAGACUGCACUGCCUCUACUCGCUCGCGCGAAAGUGACAUUGGCCUGAGACCCUACAAUGACAAACGGAAGGAGAAAAUAAAGAAAGAUGGGGAUGGCGGAAAAGAGAGCAACUCUUCCAGUAACCAACUCGAUAAAAGUAACAAACUUUCCAAUGUGAAACCUUCAUCUGCCAGUCUUAGGAAGAAAUCACUUACUGUUAAAGUAGAUGUGAAGAAAACAGUAAAUACAUCCAGGGUUGCUUCUAGCUAUUCCACAGAGAGACAGAUGUCACAUGAUUUGGUUGCUGUUGGCAGGAAAAGUGAGAACUUUCAUCCAGUGUUUGAACAUCUUGACUCAACUCAGAAUACUGAAAACAAACCUACAGGAGAAUUUGCUCAGGAAAUCAUAACUAUAAUCCAUCAAGUUAAAGCAAAUUAUUUUCCGUCACCUGACAUUACUCUACAUGAGCGUUUUUCAAAAAUGCGAGAUACACACGCUGCAGAUGUAAAUGAAGUUAAAUUGAAUUCAGAUCCAGAAAUUCACAGGAGAAUAGAUAUGUCUUUGGCUGAGCUUCAGAAUAAACAAACAAUGGUAUAUGAAUCAGAACAGACUCUGGUCAAAAUAAUAGACCCAAAUGACCUACGACAUGACAUUGAAAGAAGGAGAAAAGAACGGUUACAGAAUGAAGAUGAGCACAUUUUUCACAUAGCUAGUGCUGCAGAGAGGAAUGAUGAGCAUUCCAGUUUUUCAGGGUUGAAGAAUAUUCAUGUUGAUGAAUUCCAAAAACCUAUAGGUUUUACAAAAUCAAAUUUUAGAAAAUUUAUUCAGAAACCACACAUGAAUUAUACCAUGCAGGAAAAAGACAUCAUUACUCACAAACCCUUUGGAGCUGAGGGAAACCGUCAAAACACAACAAGCUUUAGAAGACCAUUUAAGACCAACUUUAGAGGUGGCAGAUUCCAGCCCCAUUAUAAAUCAGGCCUAGUACAGAAGAGCUUAUACAUUCAAGCUAAAUAUCAGCGUUUACGAUUUGCUGGCCCAAGGGGAUUUAUCACUAAUAAAUUCAGAGAAAAAUUACUGAGGAAGAAAAAGGGGUAUACAAACAUUGCCACCCCAGUCUAAUCUGGAAUUGUUACAAACGGAAACGACACUACAGGAUGGUAUUCGGGAGCAUCUCUUUUUAUCAGAAGUUAGAAUUGGCACUCAAGCACUAAUACUGUAAUUUCCUUGAUAACAUAACUUUAUUUUUCUGUAGCAGAAUGCUGCAACUUUUUUACACUUAACAAUUGCUUUUAAAUUACAGUAUUCAAUGUAAAAGUUGUAUUAACUACAGUUUCUUUUGCAAAAAGUCUUACAAGGGCAUUAUUUGUUGAUGUGUUUUUCUCUGAGCAUGGUUUCAUAGAGAACUUAACUGAGUUACAUCCAGAUGUUUAUAUGUUGAAAGUUUUGCUUAUGUAAUAAAAACAAAAAAAAAAGUAUCUGAAUUGUAUAGUGUCUGUACAUGAAAGAACUUUAAACAGUGGCCUUAUGGUAGCAAAUUUUAUACCAGUUUUUCUUUUUUCUGAUGAUAGUUUGGCUUAUAACUUGAAGUUUUCUUAAGUUUCUGAAGAUCAAGGCCUAUAUGAUUUAUACAUUCAUAUUAUGAUAUAAGAAGGCAAGAGAAAAGGUGCUUCAAAAUUUCCAUCAGGUAGUUAUGAGUGCACUGAAUUUUUAGUAAUUGGUUCAUUCAGUUUUUUCCACAACUAUUUGCUCUUUCCAAUUUCAAAAUGCUAUUGUGGAAAUUAUGUAAAGAUUUUGUAAUCUCUGUUCCAUCUUAUUUUCCCCUCAGGGCAAGCUUGUGCAUAUCCUGUUUUUAAAGGCUUUUUAAAAAUCUGACAGACAAAAUUUCAUAUUUGGAAAUUGUACUUUACUACUACAGCAUUAUACAUUUUGCAAACACAUAAAGUGUUUAUUUUCAGUUCAGUUGUAUUGAGUACGUACUAUCAUAAGGUAAAAUUGAUGGGAUUUUAAAUAAUAUUUUAAGUCCCGGUACCUUAUUUCUUUAUGUUUUCUGUGUUCUGCUUAAUAGUACAUACACAUUCCCCGUUAAAUUUCUGUGAACUGCUUAUUUGUAAUAAAAUAAAAAACUGUUGCUCCUCCUGCUCGAAGAAGUUACUUGCCAGUUUGUGAGAACAUUAUUUUAAUUUCAUAUGAGAAUUACAGCCCUGAGUAGGACCUGUUGAUAUUUAAAAUAGUUCGGCACUUACAAAGGCAGAACUUUUAAAAUCAAAAUCUGGUAAGAACUUGAUUUCUCAUGACUGGAUGUGAAAAAUCUUGCUACAAACAUUUAAUUUUUUUUUUACAUAUCUUUGUAAGAUAGGGCAGCCAUUUCCUUAGUGGGUCAGCAGUAAGUGGGGGCGAGAGUACUUGCAUUAAAAUUGGGUAAUAAAUUUAGGUCGAUGUCCUGUCUUAAUGCUGUGUACUGUCUCUGUAAGUCAGGUUUUCCAAACAUAUUGAACAUUCCACUUAUGGUAAGAAAGAAAUACAUGUGCACAGUAGUAUGACAGCUUUAUAUUGUGUUAGGUUAACUAUUUGGUCAACACAUGUUUAUUGCACAGGUCCCAUGCUAAAAUUAUAGCAAUGAACAAGAGAACAAGACACGUGGAGCCUGCCUUUAUGGUCCAAACAGGCUGAUAUGGAAACUGGACAUUAAACAUGGAAAUGUAGCUCAGUAAACAGCAUUAAUUCUCUGGCUACAUUUAUUUUGGCACAUAAGGCUAAGGCAGUUGACAUGACAUUGAUCAUUCCACAACUGAUUUCCUCUUUAGGCAUGUUUGGAUAUACUUUUGGCAUCAUCUCAAUAUGCAAAGCAUGUUAUUUGCAAAACACCUAUUUGUAAUGUGGGUGUAUUCAGAAAAUAUUGAGUGCAUAAGAUUUAAAGCCUAAAAAGAAAGGCUUGCUGUAUAAUUUCAAGUGUAAUAUAAGGACAGGAACUGUGUCUGUCUCGUUCACCAUAGUAUCCCCAGUUCCCAACAUCCUACUUGGCACACAGUAAGAACUCAUUAAAUAUUAGUUUAAUGAAUGAGUAACAAGUAGAAUAUGUUUUUUAGGAUCUAAACAUCUAGCUUGCAUGUGGAGGUUGAACAAAAGUUUAUCUUAUCCAUAGCAUUUUUUAUUGACUGAGAAGAAUUUGAAUUCUCCAAUGCAUAAGACUCUAAAAGAGAAGUUGUUUUGGUAAGUCACAUACCAUCGCCCUCUCCCCUUCCCCCCCUGUAUGGUAGGUAUGCUCUUCUCGGCACUGGGGAGACAAAGAUAAUAAUAUGACAGAGUUCCUCCUCUAAGGAAACUCAUCAGCUGUUGGAGAAGAGAUUCACAAAAACAAAGAAUUCAGUAUAGAGUGUUAAGUGCUUUACUGCAGAUAUAUUUACAGAAGUUGAGACAAAAAGUUGGCAUUCCUGGUUCAGUAUCCCCUGGUAACAUUUUCUUUCUUACUGAUUUCACAAAACUCAAAAGGCACUGUUCUGUUAGUGGUUUUGCUGGUUUUAAAAUUUUAUGGGUUGGGGAAAACUGGGUAAAGUGUACAUGGGAUCUCUCUGUAUUAUUUCUUAUAGGUCCAUGUAGAUCUACAUUUAUCUCAAUAUAAACUUCAAUUAAAAAAUAUACCCAUAAUCUUAUCACAGACAAAACUGCUAUACGUAUUUAGGAGGCCACAUUUUCUUUUUUUCUCUCUUGGAAAAAACUAUUAUAUUUACAUUGUAAUAAUUUAUGUAGAUGCAUAAUAUGGGCCACAUUUUACCCAACAAAUCCUACAUUGGUGAAGUUUAUUUUUUAUUCAUUCUCUUCUAAGGGUAUUUUUUUCUUUUUUUAUGAAUAUAAUUUAUUGUCAAAUUGGCUUACAUACAACACCCAGUGUUCAUCCCAACAAGUGUCCUC